UUCAGCGAUGAUUCAUCAGCCUCCUAAAUACUUAAUAUUCAGCGAGCAUGUUUCGAGCAAAGUUUUUUUUGUGUUUAUCAUCGAUGGAACCUCCUCCAAAGAUUUCCAAUCGUGAAAUCCAGGAUCACAAAUAUGGGAAAGAAAUUAAACUGAGAAUGGAAAAGUCUGGAAAGAAAAAGAAUGUAGAUAAAAGUCUUGUGGACAAGGUUGUGUUGGGAGAAAGAUUGGAUUUGGCUGAUAUUAUUUGCCCGAUUUGUAUGUGUGUCCUGAUAAGUCCAGUUCAGAUGCCUUGUCAACAUGUUCUAUGCCUUCCUUGCUUUCAGGAGACAGUUACUCACUCUAACACCUGCUGUCCGAUCUGCCGAACUCGGCUAUCUACCUGGUGCCGUAAAGCUACAAAAGACAAAACGUUAAUCUCUCUCCCUCUGUGGCGAUAUAUUCAGGAAACGUACCCCGGGGAAGUUUCUGCACGACAAGGUGGAGAAGAUAAGACUGACCCUGAUGAGAUGUUUCCUUGUGUGCCAAACCAUCAGUUUGCCAUAGAGGGUGAAAUAAAAUCUGAAUUUGAAGCUGUAAUGGAGCGAGAAAGAAAAGAAAAAGAGCAGAGGGAUCAAGAGGAGGAGUUGAGGAGUAAAGAGCUUAUCUUGAGAUUGCAAGAGGAGGAAUAUGAAGAAGAACGAGUCAGAACCCGACAGGAUGAAGAAUUUGCCCGAAAACUGAUGAACACGGUAUCGCCGGGGAAAGAGAAUCUCGGCUUACAAACCCGGAGAAGGAAGGGGUCCAUUGAACAUUUUCUAAAUAUAUCCAACGAUAAAGGUUCUAAAAAUAAUAUUAUUCACCAUCAUAAUGCAACCAAAGCCAGUCAUUUCUCUUGUGAAAAUAAAAAUAGAGAAAAGGUAAUUACUACUCCCUCCAGACCCUCCUCGUCAUCCUCCAGUACUCCCUCCAGACCCUCCUCGUCAUCCUCCAGUACUCCCUCCAGACCCUCCUCGUCAUCCUCCAGUAGAACCAAGAUGUUCAGUCCAACAAACAUAGCUUUGUUUAGAAAAGAAAAUAAUAUCACCGAACCUUUUUCUAAGUGUGAAACUGCGGUUUCUGGUUCCCUCCUAGAAACUGGUAAGUCGGGUGCUCUUCAUGAAACUUGUGUGUCAGGAUCUCUCCUAGAAUCUGGUAUGUCAGGUUCCCUCCUAGAAUCUGGCGUGUCAAGUGCCUUCCAAGAAUCUGGUGGGUCCGGUUCCCUACCAGAAUCUAGUAUGUCGGGUGCUUUCCAAGAAUCUCCAAAUUCUGGUGGUUUCCUAGAAACUACAAUGUCGGGUACUUCACAAGAUUCAUCUUUUCAGAACCUGAAACUAAUUAACAUAAAAAAGAAAAACAUAUUUACAAAUGUAAAAAUGAGAUCAGCCACAUCUUCGAAUGAAUUAAUUGAUUCGGUUUCUAAUGAAGGGAAUGAAUUAUCCGAUCUACUUAUCGAGUCUCAGGGGUCACAAAGCUUACUUUGCCGAACUGUCGAGGUCAAUACAGCUUCAGAAACUAGAAAAAAAGAAAAAUCCCAGUCCAGUCUAGGAUCCCUAUAUAACUUGGAAACUUGCUGUAAUAAAAUAGGGAAUUCUUCAAUCAAGAAAUCGUUAAACUGUAACCUGCAAGUAAAUGACCAAUCUCAACCUCUCUUGGAAUCGAAACCUACAAAAUCUGACUCAUUUAACAGUGCUGAUAAAGUCCUAAUCAAGGAUAAUUUUCAAUCUGAAAAGCUUCAAUUUGGAGAAGUUACGACCGAGUUCAUGCUCAACUCGAAAUUACUUAAUGAGAGAGACAUUAACGAGAACAACGCACUUUCUAGCGCAGAUACACAAACUCUUCUAGAUGCAUUUAGUUCAGAUACUGAGUUUGAUGAGCGUUUGAUAGAAGAACAAAGAAGGAUUGAGAUGAGGUUGGAGCAAGAACGGAUUGAUUUAGAUCUUGCUCAGAAACUACAGGAUCAGAUAAACAAGGAGUCCAGAUCAGUCGAUCGGAGAAAAGGAAGUGAGGAUGAAUACAGAUUAAGAGCUGUUACUCCGUCAUCCCAGUCAACUAAAAGACGGAGGGCUAGCGGAGCUUCAAGCUCAGGAUCAAGCAGAAAAUCAUCAGAGACGGGAAAGAAAAGACGUCAAAUGUCUUUACAGGAAUCUUUCAAGAGAACCAAGUUGACCUUUACUCAAGACUCAGAAGAGUUCUAAUAGAUAUCAAUCUAAAAAUUAAGUUUAUUUACCCAAGAACUUGAUUUUACCACAAAUACUAUUACAGAAAAUUCUUGAUUUUACCUUUUUUAUCUAAUUUGUUUUUUUACCGCGAUUGUUCUGCUAUUGUUAAUUCACACAGAAAUCUUACUUAAUUUGAGCAUUGUUGGAUAAAAACCGCAUUACAAAUAUAGAGUAAAUAUUUCUCCGACUGCAACACACUGAACUGACUAAAUUUAUGGGUUCUUAACCUCAUUGGAUCAUUUAAUUAAAAAUUCCACAAAUAAGAUAGUCAUCACUAAACUAUAAAUUAUCAACAAAAUGUAAAUUAUGAGUGGACUACAAAUAUCUUCUUAAACUGAAAUGUUUUGACCUGAUCGAACCACUGUAUAUUUACUUCAUAAUGUGAUAUAUGUGUUGAGUUUUAACUUCUUUUAGUAAUAUUGUAAAGUUACAUUACAAAACUUUAAUAAAUUAAAAUAAUAGA